AUGGCCCGUCUCCGACGCGAUACCCUUCCUGUACCCACCCACCAGCGCCAGCUAUACCAUUCUUCCUCAGCCCCCACCCUCCAUCCAUCCAAUGCACACGCUCACCGCCCAAAGCCACUCCGCAUUCUCUGUACUGGCACGCUCUUCCUAGCGCAUACCCUCACCGUCCCCUCGCACCCCGCACCAGGUAGCGCGACGCGUGCGCAGGCAGUCGAAACCGUACGUGGAGGGUCUGCGGGAAAAGUGCUUGGACUGUUGGCUCAGUUUGGGCAGAUGGGCCAGGGAGGUCAAGGGGCGAAUGCGGUUGGUACGACGGGCCAUGGGACUGCACACGCGCAUCAUGCAGACAUCGAGCCGAUGUUGGUGGCAAGUUUAGGCGGAAAUGAUGAAGGGAAGAGGUUAAGGGAUGAGCUGGAGCACGAUGGUGUAAGUACGCGUUACUGCAAGAUCUGGGAAGGCAAGGGAAUUCCGUGUGCAUGGGUCAUGAAAGCUGUGGACACGCAUACAAGUACGGUGGUUAACCACAAUCCACUUCCCGACAUCUCGCACGAGGAUUUCAUAGCCAUCCUGGGACCCGUCCUCGCACCCGAAAACUACGUCCAUUCGUAUAACUCGCCUGGACCCGCUCCUGCUCUGUCAGCACCGAUCAGUCCAACCUCGCUGCCACCCACCCCACCUGUCGCGCGUAGCUCUUUUUCAGGCUUACGAUCCCACAAUGGUAUGCCGUCCCCCAACCUGCACUCUCCUGCGCCAUUUGAUUGGCUGCACUUCGAGGGGCGUAGCGUGAAGACGACGCUGAAUAACAUCCUUGGCCUCGAUGGACUCGCUCGAGAACGCAAAUGGCGCGCUCACAGUGUAUUCAGUGUUGACAUUGGGCGAAGAGCACGGCAAGGUGUCGAAGCUCUUAUUCCUCAUGCAGAUGUAAUUUUUUUGACACAACAGUACGCACAAGCGCAUUCCCCUAACUAUGCCUCCACCCCAAGAGCCUUCCUACUCUCACUUUCACACUUGGCACCUCCACAUGCCCUUCUUAUUGCACACUGGGGUACAGAGGGUGCCGCUCUCCUCAGCAUGCCCACACGUGAAUACUUCCAGAGCUCGGGUUGGGUCGAGGAGCGGUACGCUCAGAAAAUCAUCGCUAAUGGCACAAAAGCACCUGUAGGGAUUGGGAGAGGUCCAGGGCUACCCGAUGGCGUAGAAAGCGUACGGAGUGGAAGUGAUUUUUGGGCGGACGGUGGUCGUGGUCGAACGCCCGAGUCAAGCGGGUACAAUGCCAGCACAGGAGGACAUAAUUCAAAUUUCAGCAUGAGCACUUCGAGUGCGAUGGCAUUUUCGGACUUGAGCUCCCGGAUGCGAUCGAAAUCCAGAGUAGGACGGCGCAUACCUGAGGAUGGGGAGUAUGACGACGAUAGGUCCUCGCAGAUGACGGAAACGGGCCCUCGCAAUCAGAGCGGCGAUGAUUCAGCUGUUGAGGACUUCGACGAAGAAGGUGCACAGGACGCUUUUGUUGCUGGCAUGAUUUAUGCUCUCAGUCGACGUUUGUUACCUGGUCCUCCGUACACGCCAUCCUCGAUGUCUACAGAUGGAAACCUUGACGCGGAUAGAGAUAGGGGCCGUUGGAAAUUGGAUGAAUGUCUGAGAUUUGCAACGGAGUUGUCUGGUCGCAAGGCGCGCAGACGAGGGUGGGAGGGUCUUGCAGAUGAGAUGCGGAGAGCCGGGUGGUUUGAUUGAUAACGUUCUGGGCUUGGAAAAAAAAGGCUUUUCUUGGUUUGUUAUAACUAUUCAGGUAUUAAGCGACAGCAAGCAGCUGUUGUGGAUAAUGUGUACAAUGUUUUAGACACGUUC